AAACCUAACUGUGUCUGCAUGUUUGCUGUAUAAUUGAAGCACUGUGAGUCAGCACUUUGUCUGGUGACGUUUAUAAUCCAAGGUCGAGAUAUCAGCUUAAUAACCCUGGGGGCUGCCUUUCCAUUCAACUUGUCUCUAGAGCUCUCUAUCAGCGCACGCGGAGGGACGUGACUUGUGCGAAGAUCUAAGCAAGGCAGCAAGAAUCGAAGAGCAUUGUUCAAACGUUCACUUAAAGAAACUUCUGCAUCAUGCCGGCUGUUUUGGGAUAUUGGAAUCUACGUGGGUUGGGACAACCCAUUCGCCUUAUGUUGGCCUAUACUGGGGAAGAGUACGAGGAGAAGCGCUAUGAAAUGGGGCCAGCACCAGAGUACAGCAGAGAGCAGUGGCUCACAGACAAGACCAAGCUUGGAGUGCCUUUCGCAAAUAUUCCGUACUACAAAGAUGGCGACACCAUCAUCGUGCAAAGUCGUGCCAUUAUGAUGCAUCUGGCCAGGAAACACAACUUAUAUGGCAGCACAGAGGCAGAAAAAAUUAAAGCGGAUGAAAUUGCCUCCCAAGUCCUCGACACAUUGAUGAGCUUUAUCCAAGUCUGCCUCGCGACAUACUUUUACAAAACUGACUAUAAAACAAAGAAAGAGGAGUUUUUGAAGGGAUUGCCAAAUAUUUUGAAGUCCUAUUCGGACUUUCUGGGAGACAACUCAUGGGUUGGAGGUAAAAAUAUCACAUAUGCUGAUUUCAACUUGUACGAAUUGUUGGAUUGGUUCAGAAUGUUUUCUCCUGGAUGCCUUGACCAGUUUUCAAACCUCGCCGGCUACUGCAAGAAUUUUGAGGCUCUUCCGGCCAUUAAGAAAUACAUGGCAUCUGCGCAGUUUAUAAAGAACCCUGUGUUUGGUCCGUUUGCAGACUGGGGUGCAUAAAUACCACGUGACAGCCGUCAGACACCACGUGACAACGAGAGAUUUUUUAAGGAGUCAUAGCUCAGCUUUAAACUGUCUGGGAACGUUGAUGAAAUUUGCAAAUUCAUGCUUUAUUGACUAGGAUAUUU